UCGCACCUGGGCAUUAUUCUUCAAAGUGAGCGAUGGCCGGCCGGAGCGUGCCACAGAUCUACCGGCGAGUGCUCAAGCUCGCGCAGCGCUUCCCGAGCAUCAAGAAGGACCAGCUCGUCGCCGACAUCAAGGCCGAGUUCCACGAGAACGCGAGCCUGACGGACGCGGCCAAGAUCCAGGAGAAGAUCGCGAUCGCGGUCAAAGGCAUCGAGCAGCUCGGGCAGUAUGUGCAUUUGGACCCGACCGCCCACAGCUGGACCGUCGAGAUGGAGAAGGAUCCGUUCGGGCAGAACCAGCCGCGGCCCGCGGACGUCCGCGUCGUCACGCCGCCCAAGCCCAGCGAGGUCUAAUACGCUUGAAUGGCAAACGAAACAAAAUAGCUUUUUCUGAGAGGUGUAUGCAUCUAGAGAUUCUACUUGGGCGCAAACUUGGCAGCG